UCGGUCGACAGAGCUGCUACAGUCAGGUUGUUAUCGUGUUUGGCUGUUUUUCUGUGUUUAACCUGUAAUAUCGGAGCAACAGAGGAUGAUGCGGUGAAGAUGCCCACAAAGUGUCCUGGCAUAUAUUGUGGACGAACAGCAUAUGAAAAUGGAUCUUACAGUGUUUGUGGGGCCUGUCCACGAGGCUCUAAGCCUAACGAGCAUUCCCUUUGUGAAGCCUGUCAUGACAGUCCCUCCUUCUAUGACUGGCUGUACUUAGGCUUUAUGGCAGUACUGUCUCUCUUACUUCACUGGUUCUUCAUUGACUUCACCAAUAAGCGCAAAAGCCGAGCAUUGGUGGUCCUUCAUGUGUCAGCUGUGACGGAGAGCGUCCUUUCAGCUAUCAUCACCCUGCUCCUGGCUCGACCAAUGGGAACGCUUGCGGUGGAGUCGUGUUCUGUGAAUAAGUUGUCAGACUGGUACACGAUGAUGUACAACCCCACCCCAAACUACACCACUACACUUCACUGUACCCAGGAGAUUGUCUACCCCCUGUACACUAUAGUGAUGGUCUACUAUGCGUUUUGCUUGAUCUUCCUGAUGCUGGUUCGGCCAGUAAUCUCACACAUGUUCAUGGAUGGGCGUGGCACCAAGUCUAUAUACGCUGCUCUCUACUUCCUGCCUAUUCUGGUGGUAAUCCAAGCCGUAUUUGCAGGACUGUUGUAUUAUGCUUUUCCCUACAUAGUUCUAGUCGUAUCCACUAUCACCUGUGCUAUACACCUGGCUUACUUCAAAGAGCAGAAUAUCAAGGAUAUCCUCCAUGACAUUGUGAAAAGUCCCCGUAAUCUGACCAUCCUGCUGGGGCACUGGAUGCUUCACGCAUUUGGAAUUGUGGCCGUGACAGAGUUGCGAGACCCAGGCUUUCACUCCCUGUUCAUCAUGCUCGUGCCCUUCCCUGCCCUCUUCUACAUCCUGACAGUCCGCUUUACAGACCCUGACCACCUAGACACGGUGUGAGGAAGGUACCGGU